AUGUUGUUCCACCCUCUCAUUGCUGCGACUCUUCUGAGCGCCAUCACAGCUGUUGCUUCACCGACAUGGUCUGCUCAGCAAGAAUUCACCAAGUCUCUACCAAAGAGCGUCUCCAAGCACCAAGGGACACGUCCAAAGACCGACAUCUCUCCUAAGAAGCCUUUCAAGCCCUUCCCUUCUUCGCCUUCCAGGAACAGAGUCUGCUACGUCAGCUCUCACAAUGACGGCGUUACAGAUGACUCCGACUACAUUCUUUCUGCUAUCAACAAGUGCAACAACGGUGGUCAUGUCAUCUUCUCGCAAGGUCAGAAGUACGUGAUUGGUACAGCAUUGAACCUGACCAACCUCAAUCACAUCGAUCUCGAUAUCCAAGGAUACGUUCAGUUCACCAAUGAUACCGACUACUGGCAAGCAAACGCCUUCAAGCAGGUCUUCCAAAACGCCACGACAUUCUUCCAGCUUGGUGGAAAUGAUGUGAAUGUCUAUGGUGGAGGUUUCCUUAAUGGCAACGGUCAAGCCUGGUAUGACUUGUAUGCUCAGAACAUCUACAUCUUGAGACCCAUUCUCUUUGGUGUUGUUGGUCUGCACAACUCGACCAUCCAAAACUUGAAUCUGCGCUACAGUCCUCAGUACUACAAUUGGGUCGCCAACAGCACCAAUGUCUUGUUCUCGAACAUUUCUAUUUCGGGAUCCAGUCAGAGCAAGAACGUGGCCAAAAACACUGAUGGAUGGGAUACCUACCGCAGCGACAACAUCGUCAUCCAGAACUCAGUAAUCAACAACGGUGACGACUGUGUCUCGUUCAAACCCAACAGCACAAACAUCCUUGUUCAAAACCUGCAAUGCAACGGCAGCCACGGCAUCAGUGUCGGCUCUCUCGGACAAUACCCCACCGAAACCGACAUUGUGGAAAACGUCCUCGUCUACAACAUCUCAAUGUCCAACGCCAGCGACGGCGCUCGCAUCAAAGUCUGGCCCGGCUCCCCCGCCGCCCUCUCCGGCGAUCUCCAAGGCGGUGGCGGCAAAGGUCGCGUCAACAACAUCACCUACGACACCAUGAGCAUCAACAAUGUCGAUUACGCCAUCGAAGUCACUCAAUGCUACGGUCAGAAGAAUUUGACAGCUUGCAAUGAGUUCCCGUCCAAGUUGACCAUUUCGAAUAUCGUCAUGAAGAAUAUUCAUGGCACUACUAGCUCAAAGUACAACCCUAUCUCGGGAUAUGUUGUUUGUAGCAGCCCGAGUGUUUGCACCAACAUCAAAUUGUCGGAUAUCAAUGUUAGCAGCCCGAAUGGUACAGUCAAUGAGUUUUCUUGUGGCGAUGUGGAUGAGAGUCUGUUGCAAGGUAUUCAGUGUACUACCAUCAACAAGGGGUACAACUGA